AUGGGCGUCACACUUCUAGGUGCUAUUGUUCCGAGUUCACGAAGACCCUGGACGGCUAGCAUGCGGAAACCACGAUGGUUUUUUCAUAGCGUCGACUACAAAUUGUCCUCAUCAUUUCGUUCGGAUGGCUCCAGACGCAAGCCACCUCCCUCCGCUAUGCACGGCUGGCUAGCAAAGAUGAGAGGGACUCUCAUAGGCAAUGAAGAUCUCCGGUCCAAGGGCAUACGCGAGAUGAGAGACGCUGGAGCACGCAAGCGUUAUGUCAAGGAGAAGGCGCAACGUUCUCAGUCAGGGAGCCUCUUUUCAUUCCUCAGCCUGAGGAAAAACAAGGACAAGAGGCAACCAGCUCGGCUCUCGAGAAGGCCGCAGGGUACUGGGCCUUCACGACCAAGCCCUCGUCCCGCUAACACUACCCAUGGAUCACGGGCAGUGAGACCACCCCCUCGACCAUCUGGCACUUCACAGCGAUCGAGUGACCGCAACCACCGACCGGGGCCCUCAUCCCGCCCCGGCUACUCGCGUAGAUCAAGUCGUCGUUAA